UACCUCCCAACACUAGCUUGAUCAUGGCACGAGUUUUGGCUAUCUUGAUACUUUGCUUCGUCCCUUUCGCCCUGUCAGAAUAUGUGAGGGUGUGCUACUACACCAACUGGUCCCAGUACAGACCCAAGGGGGGCACCUUCUGGCCUGAGGAUAUCGACCCUCAUCUCUGCACCCAUGUCAUCCAUUCGUUUUCCAAGGUCAACUUAACUACCCAUGUGAUGGAAAAAUACGAAAAGAACGACUUUGACUUGUAUAAGAGGAUCAACGCCCUGAAGAAGAUCAACCCAAAACUCAAGACCCAGAUAGCCGUGGGGGGCUGGACGCACGAAGAGAAAAACAGCCCCUUCUCCAAAAUGGUCGCGACGAAAGAGAAGCGUGCGAUCUUCAUCAAGUCGGCCAUAGAAACUCUGAGAACGCACGGCUUUGACGGAUUGGAUUUGGACUGGGAAUACCCCGGAAUGCGCGGAGGAUCUCCUAAGAGCGACAAGGGAAGAUUCACUCUUUUGUGCCAGGAGUUGAGAGAUGCGUUCGAGGCUGAGGCGAAGGCAACCGGGAAGGAGCGCCUUCUUCUGACAGCCGCCGUGGCGGCGGGACUCUGGACGAUCAAGGACGCCUAUGACAUAGAGGGGAUUUCUAAACCACUAGACUGGAUAAACGUCAUGACAUACGACCUCCACGGCACGUGGGAACCCAAGACCGGACACCACACGGCCAUGGGCCCUGACGGAGACAAGCUCACGCUGCCAUUCGCCAUUUGGUACUGGAUGAACAAUAGGGACACCUGGGAAAAGCCAGGAAUCAGGAACGGAAUGCCGGCUAACAAGAUCGUGCUCGGAUUGGGAACGUACGGUCGAGCGUUCGGUCUUGAAAGCGCAGGAAACAAUGGACUUGAUGCGGCCCGGAACUACGCCUAUACACCCGAGGGAAAGUACACCGGUGCCAAGGGAUUCCUAGCUUACUUUGAGAUCUGCAAGAUGGGUCUAACGGUGGUGGAGAAUAACAAGGCAAAGGCUCCUUAUGGCUACAAAGGGCAAGACUGGGUCGGAUUCGACAACCCUAAGAGUCUGAUUUACAAGAUCGACAACGUGGUGAAGAAGAACCAGCUACGUGGUGUCAUGUUCUGGGCCAUCGAUCUGGACGACUUUAGCGGUGAGCACUGCGGACAAGGAAAAUACCCACUGAUGAGCGCAGUCAAGAAUUACCUGACAAACGGGGUACGGCCCACUUUCCCACCAGCCACCGCCCCUCCACAGACCCUCCCCCCUGCUACAGACCCCCCCAGCGCUACUACGGUAGCCCCCACCACUGGGGGCGGUGGGGGUGGUGGAUCCGGAGGAUGCAAGGCUACGGGCGCUUGGGCAGGGGACGCGAACAUGGACCAAUGGUGUAAGGACAAUUGUGCUGUUGGGUACUGCCCCACCAGCAUGUGUGUCUGCUAGAGAACCCAGGGGGUCCCUCAUCCGGAUCCCCAGGGGGUCCCUCAUCCUGAUCCCCAGGGGGUACCCUUCUAACCAUAUGAGCCAAGAGCCUAAUUACUGAUAAGCACAGCCAGCUGAUGAAGAAAAAUGAGGCCCUUUUUUGGGACCAGAAAAAGUGAUUAAGAAUUGAAAUUAAAAUCAUCAACUAUAAA